UCAAACCAGUUUUAAAAGUAUUCAACUCUCGAGACGCGAAAAAGUCUUUUACCUCGGGAGUUCCGUCUUCCAGCGACCUUAUUUGUCAGCUGGAAGGUUUAUUUUGCGUCAUUAAGGUUGUUAAGCUCCCGAGGCGCGCCGUAGCGAAAAGUCUUUUCCCUCAGCAACCUUUCUGGCAACUAGUUAUUAAGAUACGAUGGAUUUCGAGCAAUCCGAACUUCACAAACAGGUUCGGUGCUCGUGAUGAUGACGACUUGUCUGAUUUAGGAGAAGUCCAUUUCAGUGAUGACG